CUAAAGCACCCCGCGCGCGCCUCUCGCUGCCGCACUUUCACUCUCGGUCCACCUCGGUGUCCUCUUGCUGUCCAGCCCUGCAACCACAGGCGCGCCCUCCCUCCCACGCCAUGGAUGCCAAGGUCGUCGCAGUGCUGGCCCUGGUGCUGGCCGCGCUCUGCAUCAGUGACGGUAAGCCCGUCAGCCUGACCUACAGAUGCCCGUGCCGGUUCUUCGAGAGCCAUGUCGCUAGAGCCAACGUCAAACAUCUGAAAAUCCUCAACACUCCAAACUGUGCCCUUCAGAUUGUUGCAAAGCUGAAGAAUAACAACAGACAAGUGUGCAUUGACCCGAAACUAAAGUGGAUUCAGGAGUACCUGGAGAAAGCUUUAAACAAGGGGCGCAGAGAAGAAAAAGUGGGGAAAAAAGAAAAGAUAGGAAAAAAGAAGCGACAGAAGAAGAGAAAGGCUGCCCAGAAAAGGAAAAACUAGUUACCCGUUUCCUGCAGAUGGACCGCAGUGCACUCUGCUCUGCUGCUUUGUAACUCGCAGACCCCACAACCCCGGCAGGGGCUCAAACUUGAUGGUAAACUCUUCCCUCUUCCUGGGGCAGACCCUCACACCCCAGGCAGGUGCUUAGGCUUUCCUGCCCUGAUGACCACACCAGCUGCUUAUUUAUGUGCUUCUUAAGGCCCUGAUCCGUCUGCUAAGCUAUGAAGAAAGUAAGUGUACAGAGACUGGGGUGGAGGCUAACUAAGCCACAGAGGACCUGCCUAGCCUGGCAGCAUUGCCCCGAGCUGAGCCCCUGGCCAAAAGUUCACAAGGCUCAUACCCAAAUUCAACAUUCCUAUGAAGGCCAGGGUGGCCUGCUUAGCCAGGAAAGGGCAUGCAACUUCCCAUCAGCCACUGCCCCUUGUGGCCUUCUCAGGACAUGAGGUAACUGACUUGCUCUCAGGCCCCACCACAAGCUUUUCCAAGUACCUGCAGCCUGGAAAGGAACUUCAGCCUUGCUCCCCUGGCUGCGAGCAGCUUUGCCUCCAGCCCAGAAGGGCUUCCACAGACUGUGUAUCGGGCGAGCAGCAGCGGGAAUGAUGAAAUCUCAGAAAACAGAUGUGAGCUGCUUCUCAGGGACUCUUUUUCUUUGGAUGGCUCGCUUUAGAGUCUUUAAACGGGUCCCUCGUGAGGAGGGCAGAUGUGCUCUGGAACUUUCUGAAAGGCCAGCAGCUUCAGGGAUUUGUAGUCUGUCCUCCCCCACUUUGGUCUCAACAUCCCCGGGGUGGUGUGCUAUCUGGGCACGGCUGACUCUGACCUCGCUCCUGAGAGAUGUCUGCCUUCAGUGAGUUGGGUUAAAGUUCUAGAAUUUUCUACUACCCCUCCCCAUUCUCACCUAGCAAUUUAUAUAUAUAU